GUCUCAUUCCCACCAAACAGCAAGCUCGUGGCAUCUGCGUCAUACGAUGAGACAGUGAGGCUGUGGGACUCGGGCACAGGAGCAUUGCUCCAGAUAUCCAGAUUCGGUCUCAUCGGAGCAUCUUCACCAAACGGCAAGCUCGUUACAUCCAGGUCAGACGACAAGAUAGUAAGGUUGUGGGAC